AUGACGAGCUCAGCUUAUUAUUCAAAUUGUGAACCUGGAUAUUGGCCUUAUAAUCAAUUUCCUGAUGUGUGCAACACUGGGUCAAUUCAUCCCACGUCAACGUGCCAGCAAAUGCCUCUAUAUCAGAAUCACCAGCAACAAAACUUACCAAGUUAUGGUGUGAACAAUAAUAACACUAGUUCAAAUGUACCUCCUCCUACCAGCCUUCUAGAGACAAUUCUGCGACAUGGGAAAGAAGCAGUUAGUGAAAUAUACAGUUCAGGUAAUAAACCAAAUCCCGAACUGCAGACAGCUUCAUACAUUCAAGGAACAACUCCUCCCUAUACUCCAUCUUCCUCGGAUCAGAAUUCUCCAUUGAGAAGUGUCGACAUGAGUACUCCGUCUCGGGAAAAGUUUGAGUUGUCACAAAAAUUACUAGAGGCUGACGAAAAAUACAAAGAGUGCAAUUAUUCUAUGCUGAGGAGUAAUAUCGGAAAUUGUGGUCCGUCUGUGAAUACAUCUCUUCCUAAUUCAAAUGAUUACAAAUCUGCAAAAAUGGAGUACGAGUCGGAUGAUGAUGACAGAUAUGAAGAAUCGGAUAUUGCACACUCCCCGGAAGAUGGCAAACCAGUUUUACAUCCACCGGUUGAUUAUCCUUGGAUGAAGUCUAAUUAUGGUGAUGGCACUGCGAUGGGCCAAAAACGUACCAGACAAACCUACACCCGUUAUCAAACAUUGGAAUUAGAAAAAGAAUUUCAUUUCAAUAAAUACUUAACCAGGCGUAGAAGGAUCGAAAUCGCAACCUCGUUGAGUCUCACAGAACGGCAAAUAAAAAUUUGGUUUCAAAAUAGAAGAAUGAAGGCCAAGAAAGACGGCAAGAUGGGAGGCUUCAAUUUAGACAGCAGUUUCAGCGAUGAAAUUCCAUCUCCAAAACCACGUGAACCAGAGACGCUUCCGAUGAUGACGUCAGUCAAUUCCACAAAUUCGAUGUUUCACAACAACACGUCGAACCAUAGCUUAAAUUCUGUUCCAUCACCGUCGAUUAACGUCCAUCAGCAGCAGCAUCAAUUGCAUUCUGCUUACCUAAGUUAUCAUCAAUAUUCGCAAGAACAUUUAUACCCAAGUCAAGAUCACUUUCCCUAUCGUGGCAUGCAUUCCUAUACGGAGAAGCUCAGUUGA